GGAUCAAAGUGUGUUCAAGUUUUUGUACAAUAAUGUUUUCAAAGGCAAAUCUGCAGACUUUUCGUUUUAUUCCUCAAAGAACGUCUAUUGAAUUUGCGGAGAAGAGAAACGCAGUCGAACAGAAUGUUCUUGACAAGAAAAUUAAGGUUUUCGAGAAUGGAAGAAAGCAUGUUCGACAAGAACUCGCGAGCAUUAAAAAAGAAAAGUACUCAAGAAAUUUUUACAAAUCCUCACCACAUGUGAAGGAGGAAAAGUCAAAACACUCGAGGUUUGUGGAAGUUGUGGUGUCUACGAGCAAUAAAGGAUCCGUAAAACAAAACAACAGCAGUAGUCAAAGAGCUGAACUGUACAAUAAAGGUAAACAAAACCCGUCUGACAACAAUGGCUCAACUAACAGAAAAGGCCUUCUUACAGCAUCUGGAGUUGGUCGUACAAUUACCUCAAUGAGAAGGGCUGCAAAUGCGUUAGACAUUUCUUUGACACCUGGUCAAGUUGUUAGAGUGAGUUGCCCUSCAGAACUGGAAGAAAAAGUCAAGACACAAAAACCACAACCUGCUGGCCCAAGUGCAAGCUAUUUGUCGCGCCGAAGGCACGGCUCUGUUGCCAUAGGGGCUGGGAUUGCGUGCAACAGAGGACCCGAUAUUUGCACGUCAGAAAACAAAGUCGAAGAAGCUCACGAAAGAACUAUCUCAUUUCAAACUAGAUUUAACACAAAAAACGUUCGAAGAAAUUCUCUACCGGCUGUAAUUGAAAUUGAGAGCUGCAGCGAAGACGAUGACACAGUGUUACAUGAGAAUGACAGCUCGUCGGGAACAUCAUCGCCAUCUGAAUAUAAAACUUCCUUGAAAGACACGCAAUAUCUAUUUCCAGGAAGAGGAGAGUUUUUCAGUAAAUUGGCUAUCAGAGCUCGACGUCCUUUGAGUGCAAAAAGCAUUGAAACUAGAAGUCGUUGUAGCUCUUCAGAAAGUUCUGGUGAUGAAGAUGAUGUUGAUUCAAAAGUCUUCCAUGAGGGUGACGAUUUUUAUGGCUAUUGCGAGGAGAACGAAGCAAACAGAAAAAAUAUUAUUCCAGCUGCAGGAGAAAAACUUCUUGUAAAAAGAAACGAAAGCAGACCUCCUCGCUUGACAUCAACCUGCUUGAACAAACCCAUGAAGAAAACAAGAUCUCAAAGCAUUCCAACAAUCCUCUCUUCUUCAUGGCCGAGAACACCGACACAACACAAUAAUGACAACAAACCAACGAAGCAAAACACUCAAGAAAGCCACGAAGAAAAAACAGCAAGAUUUCCAGUUUUUCCUUCCAACUCCUGCUCAGAUGAUUCGCCGGAUAUAUCACGUAAAAGAGAUUUAGAGAGUACGAAUAUAAAAGUAGAAAAUAAUAAAAGGAAAGAGAUUCAAGGAAUACGAGCAAUGGGACAUCAUAAUACAAUUGAUGAGAGCGAUAACUCAUUCCAGGGGUCUCCCUUGACGAGAAGAGGUGAUUGUGAAUCAGGACCUGGCUCUCCACCACAGUCUCCGCGCCUUUUGAAUGAAAGACAAGAGUACAAUGGUAGAAGACGAAGGCUGAAAAGCGAACCAUCCGUCAUGACCGAUCUAUCGGAAAACGAAAAAAUUGUUCUCAGACAGACAAUGCUCAAACGACUUGAAAUCCAAGAAGGAAUUGCCAAGGCACAAAGGAUCUCGCAGCAACAUUUUGGGAACUCGAAAAACAAAAACAAAAAUCCCCAAGUCCUGAAAGUCGCCAGCGCUCGCACCUCCACAGGUAUUAAAGCUACGGAUUUGAGUAAUAGAAGCAAUAGGAGAUGGAAGAAUUUCAUAAGAAGGAACAACCGAACACUAGAAAACAUGUUAGAUGAUGUUACUGAUGUUACGAAAUGUAGAUAUUUGAGAUGUGAUAAUGAUGAUUAUUAGGCAUGGAGAAUUGUCUUCAUUAAGUUCAAAGGAUUAAUAACGAACUAG